AUGGAGCAUAGGUACGGUGCGAAUGAUUUUGUCACCGACAAGAAACACAUUGGUUUGUUGCCGCCAGGAACUUAUUAUCUCAUGGAGGUUGAUUCUAUGUACCGUCGGUUCUACGCUACAGUUGCCGGAGAUUGUACAAUCUUGCCGGAGAAGGGUAAGGUCGAAAACGGAACAUUGAGUUAG